UCAGAGAAAGCUGACGAAGCAACUCCGACUGCGAGAUGGCAGAAGUCGCCCCACCCGCCGCCCCGGCCGCCGCGGCCGCCUCAGCCAAACCGGCCAAAGCCGGCAAGAGUAAAAGUACCAAGCCGAGGAAGAAGUCCGGUCCCGGCGCCAAAGAGCGCAUCCUGAAGGCCGUGGCCGCCUCCAGAGACCGGAAAGGCGUCUCUUAUGUUUCCUUGAAGAAAACGCUGGCUGAUGGAAACUACGACGUGGAGCACAACGCGUCCCACAUCAAGCGCGCCAUCAAGAGCCUGGUCAAGGACGGAACCCUCGUGCAGACCACCGGGACCGGAGUGUCCGGCUCCUUCAAACUCAGCAAGACCGCCGCGAAGCCCAAGAAGGAGGCAAAGAAGGUCAAGAAGCCGGCAGCCAAGAAGCCAGCGACCGCAAGGAAGCCCAAGGUCAAGACCACACCCAAGAAGAAACCUGCAGCCAAGAAACAAUCCGUGAAGAAGACCCCGACAAAGACGGCUGCCAAGAAAUCUGCCGCCACCCCGAAAAAAACUUCCACUAAGAAACCUGCUGCCAAGAAAGUCUCCAAGAAACCUGCUGCCAAGAAAGCUCCUGCCAAGAAAUCUCCUGUCAAGAAACCUGCUGCCAAAAAAGCCAAAGCUAAGGCCCCAGCAAAGAAAGCAGCGAAGAAGUGAACAAGCUGUGAUUUACACACAAACGGCUCUUUUAAGAGCCACCCAAACGUUACUCGGAGGAGCUCACUUCCUGUCCUGUCUCUCUGUCUCACCUGUUCACAUAGUUCACAUAACAGCCAAUGACCGCACAGCUGGACCACAGGUGCUGACAGCGCAGUGAAGGUCAGUCUUCAUCACCUGUAUGUGCUGCUUCAUCUGCAUUUAUCACGCUGUUGUUGUUGAAGUAGAGGAGGCUGUCAGUGAUGAGGAGGGUGAAGAUGAUGAUGGUGGUGGUGUCACAGUGACACUGUCUCAGGACACAGACUGAAUGUGUCUCAGGUGAAGUAACAAUGCCAUUCUUUUUUUUUGUUUUGUUUUUCUGUUUCUCUUUUUUGGAUCAUUUUGUUGCAUCGUGUCUUUUUCUUAUUGUCACAUUUUGCUGAAUCACCGCUGUGACAAAAGAAAGUUGCAGCAAACUGAACUGUUGCACAACUUCCAUAUUAUAACAGAGCAGAACUACAGGAACCAAAACUCACCUGCCUAAUAUGAUCCAAUAACAUCUCACAUGAAUUAAUAGUUGAAGCACACUUCGAUGUGCCUUCACUUCAGAACACACACACACACAUUUUAUACAACUUUUAACUGUAACUGAUGCACCGCCCUGCAAACACGUUUUAUUUAUGAAAGUGUCUAAAAGUAAUAAUUAAUAUGUGAUCCGUAAGAACAUCAGCCCUCUAAUAUCAGAAAUUAAAUAAACACUCGUUUUUUCUCAGUAAACAGUUUUUUUUCCUUUCUUCCUCUGCUCCAAUCAUGAGCUGCUGUAUCACGUGCGUGCAUCUGACCAAUCAGCUCGGGCUCUGGCUGGCACCGUCGAAGAAAAGAGUUGCGACACGCACUGACGUCGGUCACGUGGUUCACGCUGCUCUCACUCGUUCCGUGCGCAAACCUGUUUAAGAUAAAAUAUGACUUACAGUUAUUGUUGUUGUUUUUUUAACAAUUGCUUACACACUGAAAUUAAAAAUAACACACAGUUCAUGAAACCUGACAUGUAGGGAGCCAAACCUCAGCCCAGAUCUGAACAACGUUUUUUGUCGACAUUUUUGAAAUUCUUUUUGUGGUUUGCACCUUUGCAAUUUAUUGCUCCGUUUGUUCUUAUUUGCACCUUCAUCAAAUCAAAUCAAAUCAAAUCAUCAAUUUGAUUUGAGGUGUAAAGGAAAUGAUAUGUAAUAUUGCACAAAUAGUAGAUAGAGAGUACAAUAGAUUAUGAGAGUAAUUUGUCAAACAUCAACACAGUGUUAUGUUAGGUGGUGCUGGAGUUGAACGAUCUGACAUCUGAUGGAAUAAAGGACCAGUCUGAUGCUAAGGGAGCAGCUGAGGGCCCCCACUGUGCCAUGCAGGGGGUGGGAGGGGUUGUCCAUGAUCGAUGUCAGCUUGUGCUGUUUUCAACAGUUUUCAAUAAGAUCCACCGGAUCUCUCUAUCAACACUGGGGCAAAAAAACAUCACAUUCACAUGAAGCGACUCUAAUCUGAGAGAGUGAAAGACCUGAAUAUGUGUAAUGUAAACUUCAGUACUGUGCACUGCACACACAACCUUUUAGAUGUGCAUCAAUAGCAGGCCCAUAUUGAACUACACAAUGCUCUUUUUUUCAGAGUUUUUCAAAUGGAUGCCGAUGUAAUCCCGCCUGAAUUUAUUCAUGAGGCCUGGUUUAACCUCACAAGAGGAGAAACAUGAUUGGCCACGGAGCUAUUUUGAAUGUCCCGGGUCAAUGUGGCGGUAACUGUAACUGCAGUUUUAAUUCUGUACGUUCAUCAUUUUUUGGUUCCGCCCACCUUUGGCAGCUUUGAGGCGGAACUAAUGUCUGCCGCGCUAUUGUUUCACACGUGAUUAAAAAAAGAAGACACCUCAUGAGAGAGCGCUGAAAAGAGCCCGGAAGAAAGAACGACAGAAUAAUUUAAGGUUUACAUAAAUGUUGUUUAUUCAACCUGCAGAAAGAAACGAUGAAAAAGGCGGAGAAAGCAAGAUUAACAAGCAGCCUGCGAGGUUUGAUGUUUUUACGGCCGUUUCUCUCGAUUUGUGGUACAUUUUACUUAGUGUAUUGUCUGUUGUACAGCUGUAUAGAGAAAUUAAGAAUUGUUAACACAAGACAUACAUACAUACGUGCAUAUAUUUAUUGUAUGUUAUUUUCUCUUUGGCCCAUGAAUAAAGCCCUGUGUUUAAACCAUGAUGAGCUACUGACACAUCACAAUGUGCACUGCGGUCACGCAGAAUGGGGUCCUCCACCGCCAGCUUAGCUCCUUACAAUACAGCCCACCUACUCACAUUUUAGACAGCUACACAACACUGACACAGCAGGAGGCCAAAUGGAUGCAGAGCAGAUGAGACACGGUGUCAUCUGGGACAAUGUGUCUUUCCACCGAUCGGUUCUGGUCCAAAACUGGCUCAUCUGCAUCCACAGUUUCCACUCCAACACCUCCCACCAUACUGUCCCUCCAGGACCACACUGAGGAGUGUUUUCAGCAUGGCGGUGGAAGGUUUAUGAUCUCCAGCUCUAUGUCAGCAUCUCCCUCAUUAAGCCUUGGAGGAGGCCCGAGACCGAAGUGAUGCAGGUCUAUGCAGGGCUGAAUUCACCAUCCAAGAGGAGUCUUCCCUCGCUGUGUUGUGAGAGAGGACUCAAAACUCAAACCCAGACUAUAUGAUUAGAAAAGUAGAAAUGUUUAAAGUGUUUUAGAUUGAGCACAGCAGUGUGCAGCUGGUUCAAACAGAGUCAGAGCAUAUGAACCAGGUGUGUGACAUAUGGUGACACAACUGAGUUUUUAAAUUACUGUAUAGUUUUGAAUGAAGUGUUUUAUUUUGAAAAUGAUCUGAGGUGUUCUGCUACUUGUGUGUGUGGUUGUGUGAAUUGUGCAUAGUGUUGUCAAGCAAUCAUAAAAAAUCUAAUUAAUCACCUGCCGGGGAAA